CCCCUGACCAGGACGCCCCUUCUGAUGCCCGGAAGGACCAACUCCGGCUGCCCCAUACUCCUCCGACUCUGAGGAGGAGAUCCAGGGUCCUGAUGGUCAGCCGGGAUACCAACAUGUCCUGAAGUUGGCCCAGGCCCUGGUGGAGAUCCGGAACCUUCAGGGGCUCUCUGACAGCAGGGUAGACAGGCUCAUUGCACUCUGGCAACGCCUGCCAGAGUGCGACAAGCGCCGAGUCGUCUACCCUGCGAGACACCAGGAGAGGCAGCCCAUGGGGCGGUUCAAGGCAGCGAAGGGGAAGAACACCUCCUGUCCUGGAAAGGAGAGUCUCCAACGCUGCCUGCUCGGACAGAACGCGGGCCCUGCAAACUGGCCCAGCGCCAGUCGCCUGGUCGAGGCCAUUUGCAGCCAGCUCUGCCGUCUCCACCCCGCCACAGCCCGUGUCGGUGAGGUCCCAAAGACCCGGUGGUCCCUGGUCCUCACCGACUACGUGGCCAUCAGAGAGGCAGUGCUGGUGUGCCCGCGUCGGAUGGCUCAGACCACCAUCCAGCUCUUUGAGCUCAACCAGAGGACCCUCUCUCAGUGGUUCUCACGUCGUCAGAAGGCCUGGAAGAGGACUGUGCUGGAGCAGGGAACUGGCAUCGUCCCUGCUCUAGCAGUAGCAGAUGAGCCUCUCCCUGCUGCCAAAGGGCUGUCCCUGGUGCAGGUGGGACAGGGACAGCCAUUCGUGUUCCCUGGACCUGAGGAGCAGCCUGGACCAUCAGCUGGAGGUCAGCCAGCCCCUCCUCCUCCUCCUCCUCCUCCUCCUCCUCCUCCGCCGCCUCAUCAGCAUCCUCCAGCCAUCGGCUCUGCUCCUGCAGCCGCUCCUCUUCCUGGACUGACUCAGCUGCCAAGGACGACGGCUUACAGGAAGAGGAAGGCAGCCGAGGAGGCUGCUGCGGCUGCUGCUGCGGGAGAGGGCCCUCCACCACGGACUAAAGCCCGCCGGCAGACUGCACAGUACACCUGCAGUAAGUGUGGCCAGCUCAAACGGCUGGACACUGGCCACACACGCAUUGCAGGUGUGUCCUACUGUGCAGCUGUCGGCGGGAUGACUGUAGAGGAGUGGAGGGAAAAUAUGAGGAGGCCUCCAGAGGAGAAAACAGACUCAAUUUUUUUUUUCAUUAAAAUUAUUUUUGCCGAAGCCGACUCCGACGGCGAGUCCCGCUCCGGGUCCUCCCUCCUCCUCCUCUACAUGGGGGCCUCCAAAACAUCAGAGGCCAAGAACAUCUGGACUGGAGCGGGCAUGACAGGAGAUCCUUCCACCACCUCCACUGGAGCAACCUGGGGACAACAGACACAUCUCCACAGCAGCGCCACAGAACCAUCAGGCACCAGACAACCAGACCUGCACCUGAUCCACUUGUACCACUCCAGCGUUUGGAGGACACCAGUCUCCAGGUUCCGGAGCGGCCCCUACCACAGCAGCCCCAACGUGUGGGUUUUUCUGGCAGACUGGGAACUGUUUCACAGGCUGAAGGUAAACUACUGUGUACAGUCAAGCCUGAACCUGCCCCAUCUGCCCCGCGUACUCCACCUGAGGCCGGACAGCCUGGAGAGCUGA